CUGCUUUUGUAACUCAAAAACAGCAAGAAAAUACUAUGGCCUUUUCCUCAUUCUCAAUGCAAAUUACCCUUCUAAUUAGCUUUCUUGCAGUGUUUACCAAUUGUUUGUCGGCUAAAGCUGGUGAUCCUGAUAUCACAUCAGAUUUCUUGAUCCCUCCAGAUGUAACAACAAGUGAUAUUGACGGGAGUUUCUUUACUUACUCCGGCCUUCACCGGGUGAUCGGAUCGUCGGUUUCUAAAUUCACUUUAACCAGAGUUAGCAAAACAGAGUUCCCUGCUCUGGAUGGGCAGAGUGUUUCCAUGUCUGUCCUCCAGUUUCCGGCUGGCAGCGUUAACCCGCCACAUACCCACCCUCGCGCUGCCGAGCUCUUAUUCGUCAUUAGAGGCAGUCUCGAGGUUGGUUUUGUGGACACAACAAACAAACUCUAUACUCAAACGCUAUUAGCCAAUGAGCUGUUUGUGUUCCCAAAAGGAAUGGUGCAUUAUCAGUACAAUUCCAAUCCUUACUCUGCAGCCACCGCGAUUUCUGCCUUCGGCAGUUCAAAUGCUGGCACUGCGUCGCUCCCGGCGUCUUUGUUUUCCUCAAACAUUGAGGAUCCAAUUCUUGCUAGGUCAUUCAGAACUGAUGUUGUCACUAUUCAGAGAAUUAAGGCCGGUCUUGCCAACCAAGCUUAGCGAUAGAAUAUGUUAUUCUUUUUCUUGGCCUGAAUACGUUUUGUUAUGUAUCUUUUAAAUGAUUACCAAUAAUGCAAAAGAGAGAAGUUGUUGACAAAACAGAGGUUAUUCAGUACAACUGUUUAUAGCGAGGUAGGAAAUGCUGCAUUUAGCCCAUAACAGUAAGCCGCUAAAUUUGUAGCCGGCUAGGCUAGACAAAGCAAUUAAAUAAUCUUCAUGAGCACAAACACCUGAACACCAUGGCCUCAUUAUCAAUAUCGUCAGUUGCCCUGUAAUGCCUUGAAAUUGAGUGAAUUUGAUAGAGCGAAAUAAUGUCGUAUUCGGAAAUUGAGAUGUAAUUCCCUAAG